AUGUACCCUUCGCUGACUCGCGAGGAGGUGGAGCAGAGGCGCCGGACGUACGGGAACGUGAAGUGGACAGAGGCCGCAAUGCAGCUGGUGGCGCGGCACUCGCCCCUGGUGGAGGUUGGUGCUGGCGAGGGCCAGUGGCAGUCUGAGCUUCGCCGGCGCGGUGCGGAUGUCACUGCCUUCGACGACCACUCCAGCCCGAGCCGCUUCGGAGAGGGUGCGAAGACCUCCCGGCUUGCUGUGGGCGGUGCGGACGUGCAGCAAGCGGAUGCAGAGGAGGCGAUGCGCCGCAGUCAAGGCCGGACGCUGCUGCUGGUCUAUCCGCCGCCUGGCCCGAUGGCCAUGAGGUGCCUGGCCCGCUAUGCGGGAGACGCUCUACUCUACGUCGGGGAAGGACGCGGCGGAGUGAACGCCGACGGCCCUUUCUUCGAUGCGCUGAGCGUGGGGUGGAAGCUCGAGGAGACUGUGGAGUUGGACAAUUUGCCAGGGAGCUACGAGAAGCUCUACCACUUGCAGCGUUCCGCAAGCUGA